AUGCCCACCAAUACUGGGCAUGUAGAGAUCAGCCUACGUGUCUUGUGUAACACCGUUGUUGAACUUGACCUACUUCACUACAUCAACACAAUUGGGAAUAACUCAACAUAUUCUACAAUUCCUAUCAUCGAAACGCCUGAUGCUGGAACAGCUCCUGACCAAUUGCCCGACAUCGCAAUCAUGAACACGGUAUCACAGCAGACAUCUCGUUCUGCUUCUGAUAGAUUCUACGCCAACAUCCGGGUGAAUACGCCAGGAACUUCUCUCGGAUCGGGCCAAGUUGCAACUGAGCACACUGCAAUUCGAAGGUGA